AUGCGUACUUCUGCUCUCCUUAGCCUUUUGGCUGGUGUAGGAUCUGUGGCUGCUGCUGCAACCACUAAACCAUAUGGACUUCCAAAAACUAAAUUAGACAAAAAGGAUAUCCAUUUCAGUGUUCAGGCUGAUGGUUUGGAUGUUAAGUUGGAUAUCACCAAUUCGACAUCUAGCGUGGUUAAACCUAAGGUUUUCAUCAUUUCCAUGUUCUCGCCUGAAGCAGACAUUUGGUAUGAAAACUCCUUCACCUCCGGCUCAAUCGGUAAUCUCCUCGCGAAAAACAUCACCGUGCCCGGAUUCUCCCCUCUCUUCCCACAAGCCCAUUGUCUUGCCGAUGGAUCCGUGUGUCAACUCACCACUGGUGAAUCUGAAAUCAACGCAGCUUCAACCAUCACCGCUUUGACUCUCUCUCCCGCUUUCGAUCUCUCUUCGACUUACUUCCUCGUUGGUGGAAUCGCUGGUAUUAACCCAAAGCACGGUAGCAUUGGCGAUGUCGCAUUCUCAAAAUACACUAUCCAAGUUGCUCUUCAAUAUGAAUUCGACGCAAGAGAAAAGCCCGAUAACUUCACCACCGGAUAUUUCCCCCAAGGUUCAUAUGCUCCAGAUCAAUACCCUGGUAACAUCUACGGAACCGAAGUAUUCGAAGUCAACGAGCCACUCCGUGAUUUGGCCGUAGGAUUCGCGAAAAAGGCGUCUUUGAACGAUUCAUCCGAAUCCAUCGCCUACCGUGCAUUUUAUGCAACAGACAACUCCACAGCAGCUGUCAACAAAUAUCAAGCAGCAACCCACGCUCCUACUGUCAUCACGUGUGAUACUGCAACUUCCGAUGUGUACUACUCUGGUACACUCCUCGGAGAAGCAUUCGAAAACACCACAACAUUGCUCACCAACGGUUCGGGAGUUUACUGCAUGACCGCUCAAGAAGAUAACGCCACCCUUUCUGCUCUUUUGCGUGCCGCUCUCUUCAAGAUCGUCGAUUUCUCCCGUAUUAUCAUUAUGCGCACAGCCUCUGAUUUCGAUCGUCCAUACCCCGGUGCCUCUGUCGAGUUCAACCUCUUGUACUCCAACCAAGGUGCUUUUGAACCGGCUGUUGAGAACAUCUAUCUCGCUGGUACCGAAGUUAUCAAGGGACUUCUCGAUGGCUGGAACUCAACUUUCGCUGAAGGUGUGACUCCUACCAACUACAUCGGAGAUAUAUUCGGUAGUUUGGGAGGCGAACCUGAUUUCGGACCAGGAAGUGAGUUUGGUGGUGAGGAGGUCGAUCCUAACAACGAGGUUAUCUAUGUUAAGAGAGAUGGACAAAAGAAGGCCAAGUCUAGAAGAGAGAUGAAGGGAAAGAAGGGAUUGAUGAGACGUAUUUAA